ACAGAAUCAAACCUUUACACAUCAUGAACCAUUCCAACUCAUUCAAACCUUCUUUUUGUUCAAAUUCGAAUUUUCCAGAACCCAUUCUCAAACAUUCUAGAUUCUUCUCUUCUCAGUAUACUUAUUUCCCAUCACCAAGCAAUUCCAUGCAUCACUUUUCACCUACGCAUUUCAACAAUUAAUUUCACUACACUCUUCUGCUACGCAUUUUCACAAACACCUUGUUCCCAAUGGCACAAGACACCACCGUCACAGUCUACAACACCACCGCAAUCACCACCGACCCACUCCAAACCCCAUACUCAUUCAAACUAUCCCUCACACAAACCCUCCGUGGCGGCGCAAUUUUCCAGGUCACCAACCUCCACCAAGCCAAAAUCGCUGAACAAGCCGGCGCCUGCGCCGUCACCGUCUCCGAUCAACAACGCAUGACCGAUCCUUCCCUCAUCAAAUCCAUCAAACGCUCCGUUUCAAUCCCAGUCAUCUCCCCCGUCAGAAUCGGCCAUUUCGUCGAAGCUCAAAUCCUCGAAGCCACCGGCGUUGAUUACAUCGACGAAAACGAAUCUCUCACCAUCGCCGAUGAUCAGAAUCACAUCAACAAACACAAUUUCCGAACACCUUUUAUAAGCUCCGCAAGUAAUCUCGGUGAAGCGCUCUGUAGAAUCAGAGAAGGUGCAGCGAUGAUAAGGAUUCAAGGAGAGGUGAAAAAUUCAGGUAACAUUGCGAAAACUGUAAUGCAUGUAAGGUGUUUGAUGAAAGAAUUGAGAGUGCUUAGUAAUAUGGAUGACGAUGAAGUUUUCACGUUUUCGAAGAGAAUUCAAGCGCCUUAUGAUAUUGUUGCGCAGACGAAACAGAUGGGUAGAUUACCUGUUGUGCAUUUUGCUGCCGGUGGGAUUGUGACUCCCGCGGACGCGGCGUUGAUGAUGCAGUUGGGUUGUCAUGGUGUGUUUGUGGGAGCAGAGGUUUUUGGUUAUGAGGAUUGUUUUAAACGUGUUAAGGGUAUUGUUCAAGCUGUUCGGAAUUAUAAUGAUCCUAAUGUUUUGGUUGAGAUUAUGAUGGGUCUUAAUCUUGGUGAUGGUGAUGGUGAUGGUGAUGAUGAUAGGGUUGAGAAUGAAUGAGUCAUUUGGUGUUGUAAAUGUAAAGCUUUGUUGUUACUCUUGUUAUUAUAGAAUAAAAAUAAUAUAUGAUUUUGUAUCAAUGAGGGUUUUGUAUGUAAUUAAGCAAAUGAUUAUGAUAUAUGUUAUGA